AGUGUUGAUCCUGAGCCAUGUGUGAUGUAUACAGAGUUUCCUCCUCCGUUAAAGUGGAGCAGAUGGAGGCGGACUUGUCACGUCUACUCUCAGCACUCAGGGCAGAAAUUGAGGAGAAUGGAUUUCGUCAAGGGGCAGUGACCUCCAGAUGUUACAGUUCUGUUCCACCUCCAAAAGAUAUUUCCUUUUUCCGCGUGGAAAGGGAACAUGCACUGAGGAGAGGGCUUCAGGUGGCUGAAGCUUUGCCAGUUCAGUCUCAGGCUGACAUCAUGCAGAGAGAGCUGGAUAGUUGCUUGGGUUUAGAGUACACUCCUGACAGUCUGCCUCCACUGCUGCACCAGUUCUACACUGACCGAUCAUAUCAUUUGGCUCAGAUCAAAUAUCUGCUCAUGUUGAGAUGGAGGAGAUUCUGUCGCCACACCAGCGUCAUUGAGAAGCUGUAUCCUCAUUACAAGGAUCAGGUGUCAUGUUUGACGAGUGAGUACGAGGACGCCGUUCAGAGAGCUCGCAGACUGUCAGCAUGCAGAGAGAAGAUCCUGACCGGCCGAGGAAACCCCGCCUCCCUGCUCACUCAGGACGAUGUGGACAUUUACCUGCGCUGGCUGGUUUGCCAUCUGCACUCGGUUCAGACCAUUCACAACUUCCUCAGGGUGCUGCACUACAUACCAGCUUGUGAAAGAAAGGAUAAAGAACCACCAGCAAAGGUUCCUGAGGAAACCUCACAUAAGACACAAACUGUAGACCGUAUUUCAGGACUGGCUGAUGCUGUCCCCCUGCACACUGUUGACCUGGAGGAGUUCCUACCUGAGCUGCAGUCUUUGAUCGCCCACUUCCACCUGUCCUACGAUGCUCGUAAACUCCGGACCACCGCAGACGAGAUGGAGUUAUUCAGCACGGUGUGGAGGGAGUUCAGAACGAUUUUCAAACAACAAGAGCAGAUGAAAAGGUUUCCUCAGUACGAUGGCACAGAGGUAAAAGAGAGCCAGUGGGGACGGAAGAGUGCGAGCCUGGCUCUGAGGAAGGAGGCCAACUGGAUCCCAUUCAUUCAGGUGAAGCCCAGACGGGAUCCGUGGCAGCAGAAGCUGAUCACAAAGCUAAAGGAAAAGAAAUCUGUGGACGAGUUGCUGAAGAUGCACAGCAGGUUUCUUCAGGUCCCUGAUGUGCUCCACGUGGCCGCGGCUGUAAAAGAACACGCCGCUCAUGUUGCCGACUCACAACCUGCACCUACCUCAACGGUAUCAAGCAGCAGUAAGACCAAGCGGCAAAAGAUCUCCGAGAUCUGGACCAGUAUUUACAGCGCCGCCUCUCUCACUCAGGAAACACAUGAUCAGUCAAUCAGAUCUGGAGGCAGUGCAGGCCACGAUAAGAAGAGUUUGAAGAGUCAAACCUCAAGCGCAACAAAUGAAAGGUACUCCUUCGAGGACAGCCUGCAGCUCCUGGGUCUGGGUGACAGUUUAGAGGAGGGGUCCUCAGAUCCCAUCAUAACUAGAGGUGCUUACCUUUCUCUGGUUCACCUGCGUCAUCUCAGACUUAGACAGCUCCAGCGCAUAUCUCUUGGGUUGCUGAACUACCUGCGCUCUGUGGAGAGGACUUUGACCUUUGACCUGGCAGGUCUGCAGCUUGAGGAAGGGGAGCUGUGCAGCACAGCCGAGGAAACUGGCUGGAUGAACGCAGCCAGAGGAGGAAGAGGGGAGACAGAAGGUCUCGGCUCGCUUCACUACAGCCACAACACUCCUGCUGACUGUAAGGUCCAUUGCUCAGAGUUCAUGGAGUUUGCAGAGGUUGAGAACCUUCAUGAUUUCUACAGCGCAGAGGAGCAAUUUGUCCACACUCAGGAUCAGAGAGGGUUUUACAUCAUGUAUGAUGUUGCUCUGAAGGACCUGGAGGAGCUGGAGGACCAGCUGCUUCUUGUCGGCUCCCGCUUCAUUCAGAGAGACAGGAUUAACAAGAUGGGAAAUGCCUCGACAGCAGACAUCCACUCCUGGGGCGGAGCGGAUGUUGACCGUGUUGCAGUGCUGCUUGACUUGUGGACGUGUGAGACAGAGUUUUUGGAGAGCAAAGUGCAGCUCUUAAACUGUUACUUUGAGGCCUACCAGCACGCAGCAGGGACAGAGGAGAGGUUUGCGUUGGCCGGAGUCAUUACUGACAUCAUGCACUGUCGGCCUCAACUGGACCUGAACCAGGAUUACUUUGUUCAGGCCUACAGGGCUGAGAUAGGCUGUCUGCAAUGCCACCAGCAGCUGAUCAGAGACAUUUUGGACAAUCAGAUUGAAAAACAGCGGCAGUAUCUCCAACGCAUCUGGAGAGACCAGGGCAAUGGCUGCAGUCAUAACUUUGGCCUCCCACCAAAAUACAUUCCCAAACAUCUGGUGUCACUUGGCGGCUGCAGGCAAGUACAUCCAGCCUUACUACCCUGGAUUUGGUAUGUUUCUUUAACUAUCUAUAUUUUGUGUCUUAAUACCUCCAUGUUUGCCUUCUUGUGUUGUGUUUGCAGCCCUGCAUUGAUGAACAUAUUCCUCCUAGAGGUUCAUCCGUCCCUCUGUCUGGCUUCUGCUCUUUACCGUGGUUUAGUUCAGGCUCACACAGAGCUCUGUCAGCUGCACCGAGCCGCCAGCGUCACUGACCAACUCCUCCUGCGACAGAAGCUCCUGCAGCAAGCCCUGCAGAGCUGGAACCACCUGGCUUCACCUGGAGCCUCCUACAGCUCUCAGAUUCAGAAGGACUUGUUCUCAGGUGUGUUUUUUGAGGACCCGAUUUUGGUCAAAAAGGUGGGGCUGUCGUUAGUAAGAUCUGCAGAGGAGAAGGACGUGACGCAGGGAAAAGAGAAACAGUUGUAUGGCGUGGAAACUUUCUCCAAGCUGCUGGAGCUCGUCACCAUCCGCCAUCGUCUGCUGGAAUCGGCCUCAGAGACUGCACAUCUGGCACAGUUGUACAGGAACGUGGCUUCAGAGCUCGGAUUUGAUGAGUUCCACCUUUAUCUGAGGCCUGUGCAGUUUGAGGUUGCUGCUCAGAAAGACACAGCAGAGCAGAGGCCAGUUUUUAUCACAGCCAUGCUGGAAGAUGACAGCUCUGUGGACAGGUUCACCCCGUCCAACCUGCCUCUGAGCAUCCAGGAACUGGACGAGAACCACAUCGGGAGGUUCAGCUUCAGCUCAGAGGAGGCAGUUAUUCAUCUUAUGAACACACAGAGUAUAGAAAACCUGCAGGUGACUCUGGCCUGUCAGGUUGCACAGAAGAACGCUUUGAUAAGUGCGGUGAAGCUGGUUUGUGUUUGUCACUGGGCAGAGAGUGAGACCUCUUCAGCUCAGAGUGAAGUCGCCCUUUAUUCUGAUAAAGAUGUCAAAUUGGACUCCAAACCUGGAAGUGACACCAACAGCCUGCAGGAAAAAUCUAACAAUUCACCCUCCAAGGGCUCAGCUAGACCUCCCACCACUCCCAAGGAGAGGCUGAUGGAAGCCUUUGUGUCCAUCCAGCUGGAAAAAGUUGAUCUGCGUGAUGAGAUGCUGAACUCAUUUGUGAAGAAGAAACAGGCCUUGGGGGGUCUUAUAAAAAGCUCAGAGGAAGAAGCGAAGAUCAAAAGGAGGCUUAUAAUCGACUUUCUCAAGAAAUUCAGCGCACAGAUAUCUCAGUAUUGUGUGAGAGCGCAGAUUGUGGCAUAUUACUACAAUCUAACCAUCAUUUUGGACGACAUCCCCUCCAUCCGUCAGUCCCACUUCCUGUUUGGUCAAACCAGAGAGCCCAGAGUCAUUUUGGAUUCAGGAGUUGGCCUUUGCUCUGAUCCCAGGAGUUUUCAGCGUCGGUCACUGCAGUUGUUGUCUGCAGAAGGCAAAUGUCUCCUCAACUUGUGGUACAUCCCCCACUUCUCUGAAGUUCUUCACAUGUUCAAAAAUACUUUGGCAUGUUCAGCACCUCUCCAUCUCGCUCUGCAGAUAGUUUCAGCUCUCCAUGACAUCAUUUAUUACCUGGUUAGUUUCUCCAGACUGGGAAACGCAGAAGACUCUUGUAGCUGCAGGAGAGGACAGGAUGUGCAGGGCUCACUUGCAGCUGACUGGGGAGGCACUGAAGGCAUCGGAGCAGAGCUGCUGGAGAUCCAGCAUCAGGUCGACCGUCUGUCUGAUCCCAGCAGCCCAGAGUCUGUGGGCCGGCUGCUGCAGCUGCGCCGGCAUGUCGUCCUCCUGCAGUUUGACACCGCUGUGAGACACCUCAUCAGGGAGGUGUUCCUCUCUUCUGGUGACAUUACCUCUUACCAGAGUGUGAGUGACAACAUGGCAACCGCCCUCCCCCCGUUGAGCGACAGUAUCCAGACGGACAUUUUCAGCCUCACCUUGCCUGUUCCUCCACCUUUAGAGACUCGAGGCAGUCAGGCUCAGAGAAUUGUUCCAUGGAGAAGUUUCAUAGCCUGUCAUGGAUUGUUCCCUCUGGAUGUUUGGGACGUUCCUCCCAUCGAAUACUGCAUGCAGCUGUGUCUGAGCGGUCUGAGCGGUCGAAGCAGACUGCAGGCCAACGCAGCCAUCCUCGGCGUGUCGCUGCUCAUGGAGGACGUCCUGAACAGUGGAAGAGAGGCAGAGCCUGUUUGUCUCCAUGGCAACAAGGAUGACCUUCUGCACAACGGACAACCUGAUGAAGAAGCUGAUGAAGAAAAAAAGUCAACUAGUGUGUCCGUUCUUCUUCAGGAUCCAAUCCGAGUCCAGUCUGUGCUGAAAGGUUUCCUCCUGCUGACCAAGCAGCUUCAGGUGUUCAAGGAGAACUGGGCUCGGAGACGUUUGGGCGCUCAAACGUUGAGGACGCCCGGUUUCUAUCAGCAGUUUGUGAAACUCUACAGAGCGGAAAUCUUUUACCCCAGUAUGAGAGCUCUGGCUCAACAUAUAGGUAAGGAGCGGGACUAUGAGGUCUUGAUAUCUGGCAGCCAGUCUCUCCUGCCUCCGCCUGGAGCUUCAGAGGUUGAUGUGAAAGCCUGGCAGCUUCACAAACUGCUGGAGAGCACCGAGUGUGACAUGAUCAGAGUGGUGCAGAGGAAGAUCAACAGAGACCUGACGCUGGUGGUUCCAGAGAGAACUCGACAGGACACAGGCCUACCUACAGAGCUGUGGAAGAAAGCCCCGCUGAAGUACAGUUUGUCCCCCGAGCGGCCGCAGAUUGUGGAAACGUUCAUCCAGCAGCUGAUGGAGGGAGGAGAAGAGGCCGAGGGACAGCUGAGGGUUUCUCAGGAUCGCCUGCAGCUGUGUCUCACUCACCUCGGCUGUUCUCUGAUGGAGCGAGAGCGCCGCAGCUUUCUGCUUUCCUCGCAGUUUUAUGAACAAAUCCUGCAGCAGGAGACUGGGCUCCUGUAUCAGAGGGAACAGGAUUUAAAGAAUCUUAAGGACUCUCAGAAAAGUGACUCUCACAAAGAGGGUGCUGUUGUCCUAUGUCGUGGGAUGAUGUUGGAGAUCUCAGCGCUGCAGGCACAAGUCGCUCACCUGGAAGAAGAGAAGAGAACUCUAGAAGAGCAACUCAGGCUCAAAUUCAGGGAGCGCUACGACCCUUUAGUCCGACACCUCUUCUCUACCUGCAUCCAGCUGAAGGCCAGGCUGGACGGGAGCCAGUGGCAGAUGGAGCAAGAUGUUAGUGAGAUGGUGAGCAGAACAAGAAGCGAGGGAGUGGAGCGAAUCGUCAAGCUCAAGAAGAAGUACGGCUGCACCAACAACAGUGAUGGACUCACACUACCACAGUCAAAGAGAGAAGAAGUGGAGGAGCUGAGCCUGGAGAACAGCCGGCUGGCUGCUCUGCUCUGCAAACAGAAGGCUGUGAGCCGCUGGAGGCAGGCGCUCCACCAGGAGAAACUCCACCGACAGCUGCUUCAAACUCAGCAGAGGGAGGUUAGCUGUCGCAGCGCGGCCCUCCGAGUGAAGAUGACAUCAGAGGAGGAGGUGGUUGUCCUGCAGGAGGAGCUGGAGGCCGCCAGGAAGGUGUUGGCCUGCUGCCAGGCGGAGAGCAGCGCCACGAGGAAGCUGCUCCGCGCCAAGACAGAGGAGCUCCAGGUGGCGAGGCAUCAGUCUGCACAGGAGGCCCGCAGCAGGCAGGAGCUGGACAGCUAUCGAGUGCAGAGCCUGGAACUAAUGCGAGCCGACAUAGAGGACAGAGAGAGACGGCUCAAGGGGUUCAGCGAGCAGCUGGACAGAGGCAGCCGGAUGAACCAGUUACAGCGACAACGCAGUGCCAAAGAGAUCCGACAGGUAAAGGGCCAGCUUCAGCAGGAGCUCAGCCUCAAACAAGAAGCCUUUCAGCGAGUGGAUGAACUGCAGAGCCGGGUUAACAACAUGGAGGCAGCUUUCUCCAGAUGCACCUCUACAACAGGUCUUCGCAGGGCCAGUCAGCUUGGCAGCCGCACAAACUACACGACAUCCCCAAACUUUGCUACAGCGCCACGGCACCAGAGAGCAGGAACAGCCAGGAGUCACUCCAACACAAGAAUAGACCGGCCUAAAGCAGAUCCAUCUCACCUGCGUGUCCACACUGCUGAGAGGCUGUUACCAGACCUGUGACCUUCUCCCCUGGUUGUUUUGUAAAGCAACACCAUUUUGUUUAACAUGUUAGAUGCUGUUUGACAUGCACAGCCUUGGCCCUUACUCAACAAGGCAUUUUAUUAUCCAGUAAAUUUAAGAAGGGGUAUGCUUCAUCCUUGUGCCAUUUUGUAAUGAGUCAAUGAUUUCUGUCAACUGAUAAGUCUUAAUAAAACACUGUAUUGUGU